GGAUAAAAUAAAAGGGGGAUCUGGUUCGUUCUAGGGUUCUUCUUUCCGUUUCAUCUCUUUCUGCAGGUACGCCCAAGCUCCCCGUCCCCUCCCACUUACCAUCUUCCCCAGCUUGGAAAAUGCCUCGCUACGAUGAUCGCCAUGGUGUUACAAGGCUCUAUGUUGGCCGCCUUUCUUCAAGGACCCGUUCACGUGACCUGGAGGAUCUAUUUAGCAGAUAUGGAAGAGUACGUGAUGUGGACAUGAAGCGUGAUUAUGCCUUUGUGGAAUUUAGUGAUCCUAGAGAUGCUGAUGAUGCAAGAUAUAGCAUGAAUGGCCGGGAAGUAGAUGGAAGUCGUAUUAUUGUGGAAUUUGCAAAGGGGGUACCACGUGGUCCUGGUGGCUCCCGUGAUCGUGAUUAUCUUGGCAAAGGUCCAGCUCCAGGAACUGGGCGCUGCUUUAAUUGUGGAAUCGAUGGCCAUUGGGCUCGAGAUUGCAAAGCUGGGGACUGGAAGAACAAGUGCUAUCGAUGUGGUGAACGAGGCCAUAUAGAAAGGAACUGUCAAAACAGCCCCCAAAAGCUAAAACGCGGGCGCAGUUAUUCUCGAUCACCAUCUCCUCCUCGUCGUGGCAGGAGUCCAAGCCGUAGUUACAGCAGGAGCAGAAGCUACAGCCGAUCGAGGUCUCCACCAAGGAGGGAUCGUAGCAACGAGCGUGAGGAGAAAAGAUCUAGGAGCCCUAAGCGUCACAGGGUAUCAUCUCCACCACCAUCCAAAGGGAGGAAGCACAGCCCAACACCUGAUGAGAGAAGCCCACGAGAGAGGGGCACUCCUUCACCAAGGGAUGGUAGGCCAGCCAAUGGCUCAGAGAAUAGUAGAAGCCCUAAAGAUGAUGCUCCAAGGGAUGAUGGUAUCAAAGAUAGGAGUCCUCUUGAAGAAAAUGGCCAUAGCCGAAGUCCUAGCCCCAUCCGUAGGGACAAUGGAAGCCCCGCUGAUAAUGAUGAAACCAAUGGUUCACCAAGGGGCAGUGAGUGAGAUAUGAAGUAUCUCAACUCUCCUUCAUUUCUGUGUAAUCUGUUUUGGGAGGUCUAUAUGUAUUAAUUUGGUGCUGGAACUCAUUAUCCCUGUUUCUAUGAGAUUUUAUACAAUCUAUUACAUUUGAAGAACGAUUUAAUCCACUUUGUUCUGUGUGUUGAUACGCCAGCCAAUUAGCCAAAUAAGUUGGCAGUUUGAUAAUACACUGAAUUUCUACUCC